AAACAUCUAGAGCAUUAAACCGAGUGGUCACCUUCAAAUCAUCGUUGUUCAAUCGAAACCGUUGAUCAGAUUUAUAGGUUAGGCUUAGUUCGUUCCGAGGACAUUCCUAUAAUGGCUCACCACCCAAAAUGUAGAAUCGGCCCUUCAAUACUGAACGCCGACCUGUCCCAACUGUACGAAGAGUCACAAAAAUUAUUGGACAAUGGAGCCGAUUAUUUACAUUUGGACGUCAUGGACGGAAAUUUUGUGCCUAACCUAACAUUCGGCCAUCCCGUUGUUAAAUGUUUAAGAAAUAAAAUUAAAAAUGCAUACUUCGAAACCCACAUGAUGGUGGCGGAGCCACAAAAGUGGAUAGAACCUAUGGCAGAUGCAAAUGUGGACCUUUAUACCUUUCACGUCGAGCCCGUACUCGACGAAAUAAUCCCUUUGUGUCGGAAAGUUAAAGAGGCCGGAAUGCAAGUAGGUCUUGCACUCAAACCGGGCACUGGGAUUGAAGUGGUGAGACAGUACAUCUCUCAUGCUGAUGUGAUACUUAUAAUGACUGUGGAACCAGGAUUUGGUGGACAACAGUUCAUGGUAGAUAUGAUGCCCAAAGUACAAUGGCUGAGACACAACUAUCCCACCUUGAACAUUGAAGUGGACGGUGGUGUUGGUCUAAAUACAAUUAAUGCAUGUGCAGAGGCGGGUGCUAACAUGAUAGUAUCAGGAACAGCCAUAAUACAAUCAUCAGACCAAAGAUCUGUAAUUGCCAGUUUGAGGGAAACAGUUGAAAGUUCAAUACACAAAUGCAAUGUUUAAGCCUAUCACCUACAAUGUGAUCCUAAGUAGGUAAUUUGAAGACAUUCCUUAACUGAUGGUUGUUAUAAUUUUUUUUAAUGUUGACUUUUUUACAACUUUUUUAUUGUUGAUUCUUUUAUAAACUAGUUUUGGAUGUGGUUUACAAUUUAAAUUCUAUUUUUAUCAAGUUUCCUAUUCGCAAUAAAAGUAAUAUAGAGAAAUAAGACUAAUUAUUGGAAUAUUAGGACAUGGAAAUGUGUAUAUUAUACGAAUUUAAAAUCUAUAAAUCAUUAUGCAUUAUAUUAUUUAAUAAACUUGUAUCAAUGUU